GUAAUGUUUUGGUUCAUAAGAAGUGAAGUAAUAAUUCUAAAUUUUAAAAACUCUUGGCGGAAAUCUCAUUUGCAAAUAUGCCAACGCCAAGAGAGAAUUAUAAAAAGAAGGAUAGGAAAUUCGCACGGAUCUUAUAUGUAAUCUUAUUCGUGACCACGGCUAUAUUUCUUUAUGCUAAAAUGAUAUACGUCAAUGGGUCUUCGGAAAACAAGAAAGCAUUGAUCAUUACUUAUUAUGUAUUUACUGUGUUCAUAAUUCUACUGAUAUAUGUUAUAUUAAAGAGCUUAAUUUACAAAGAAUAUCAAAAAAAUGAAGAGGAAUAUCAAAAUGCGAACAGUGGAAUCAUAAGAACAGUAGAUGUCUCAACAAAUCAAAACCAUAAUGAUCAAUUAAUAACAACAUCACGAACUACUGCAACUGUUAAUGGAACUGAAAGAGAAAUUAUUACAAUACAAAUUGAUCGACCAUUGGGAAUUCCUACUGCACCUCCUGAAGAACACACAAUACAUUUGAACCCACAUUCACAAACUCCUCAAACUCAUCACAACUCACAGAAGACUUCUGGGGACGAAGCGCCUCCUUCUUACGACGACGUUGCCUAUAAUCUAUCUAAACAAAAAUAAGAUGUUAAGAAUCUCGUAUUAAUCUUUACGCUUUCUUAUCAACAUAAAUUGCAUUGUUAUGCAUGACAAGCAACAUUAUUGACAAUUGACUUAAAGAGUUUUAUGAAUAUUUAUUGAAUUUAUCAAAAGCUCACCGAAUUGUUCAAUUUGAUUAAAGAUCAUACAAAGACAUGC